AUUUUUAAACGAGCUUUCUUCUUCCAUCGUAAGAAAAUACUUGUAACAAAAAUUGUCCUAUAUAUUUACAGCACAUUUGAAGAGAUUGCGAAUGAAGCUUUUAUCUCGCUGGCAUUAUGGUCACCGAUCGGCAGUGACUUAGUUUACGUUCUCGAUAACGAUAUUUAUCAUAUGACUUUCAAUCGCAGCCAGAAUGUAGUACGAAGAUUGACGACUAGUGGCGAACCCGGAAUCAUUUACAAUGGAAUUCCGGACUGGGUAUAUGAAGAGGAAGUAUUUGGAUCUCCGACCGCGACGUGGUAUUCACCGGAUGGACGAUAUUUGGCCUUUGCAACCUUCAACGAUACUCAAGUAAAGGACAUGGCCAUUUUUCAUUAUGGCAUCCCUGGUUCUCUUGAAGACCAAUAUCCUACGGAAGUGAGAAUAAAGUACCCCAAGGUAGGUACACCGAAUCCGACAGUAACUCUAUCGGUGAUCGACUUGACAGAUCCAUCGUCAGAAGCAGUCACCUUGGAAGCGCCCGUUGAUGUGGUUACGAGUGAUAACGUUCUAUAUAACGUGAACUGGUGGAACCAAACACACGUGAUCACGACAUGGACGAACCGUGUACAGAACCAAUCCCAGCUGACGAUGUACAACACACAAGGGGAUAUCAAAUUGGUUUUUUUCGACGAGGAGACCGAGGGCUGGCUUCAACCGAAUAUCCCUAUAAAAACCGGCAAUUAUGUUUUGUAUUUACGGCGAGAGGAUUCUGGCACCAGUGCCGGCAGAUUCCGUCAUAUAGACAGGUACGAAUACAAGGACGAUCGGUUUAUUAAACCGGUAGAUCUGACACCCGGGCCCUCCGAAGUUCACACGAUCCUGGCAGUCGAUUCGGCCAGAGGCAGAGUUUACUACCUCGCCACGGCGCCGGGUGAACCGACCCAGAGGAAUUUGUAUUCGGUGCCUCUGGAUGGGAGCCAGGAACCGACUUGCAUAUCCUGCGAGCUGCUAACGCCGGAAGGAAACAAAUGCACUUACGCGACCGCGUCUUUCUCGAGCCAGAGAUCGUUUUACGCCCUCACCUGUGCCGGGCCUGAUCCAACUACGGUGACGAUUUACGACGAGAAUCAUCAGCCAGUCUCGACUUGGACCAAUAACGACCUGACAAGGAAACUUUUGUCGCGAAAACUGAUGCCGAAACAAAAAGAUUUCAACAUUACCGUGAACGGUUAUGACUGCAGGGUCAGAUUGCUCCUGCCGCCGGAUUUCGACGAAAACAAAUCGUAUCCCUUGCUGGUAUUCGUCUACGCCGGUCCGAACUCGGCCAGGAUCACCGAUGACCACAAAAUCGGAUACGAGCAUUAUUUUACGACCAGCCGAGACGUGGUCUAUGCACGGAUCGAUGCACGAGGAUCGGCCUAUAAAGGCAGCAACAUGCUCUUCGAGAUAUAUCGAAAGCUAGGCACCGUAGAGGUUGAAGAUACGAUCGCUGUCACCUCAAUUCUGCAGAAGCAGUACAAGUGGAUCGACGCAAACAGGACUGGCGUAUGGGGUUGGAGCUACGGCGGCUUCACCACUGGCAUGGUGCUUGCGCAAGAUGCCAACUCCGUCUUCAAGUGCGGUAUAUCUGUCGCGCCUGUGACUUCCUGGAUCUAUUACG